AGGUGGUCCUUUGUGUAUGGUCCGGGCAAAUAAAGCCCUGGGAGCCCAGGUCACUCCUCCUGCUCCCUGUCUCCUCUUCCUCAGCCCUUUCCCUCUCCGCCUCCUCCUCCCUGCUACAGUGAGCUGUUUUUCUGAAGCCUGCCCUUUGCUUUGGGGAGCCAGUGCAACUGAGCAAGACACUUGGGUUAUCUCCUUCCCGCUCCAGGCAUCUUGUAAUAUGACAGAGGUGGCUAUCUGGAUGGAGGAAGAUCUCUUUUCCUAUUUUUGGUAGAGCUGGAUUUUCUUCGGGGCCCAAAGGCCUUUUUGCAAAGCCCAGCUUGCUCUGUCCACCCCCCCCCCCCCACCCUAGCCCCAGUUCUAUGUUAAGAGAAGUUCCCACCUAGGGUAACCUGCCCUGCUCUUUGCCAGGCUGUCUGUCCUGACUUGGUGAGCCCAGGCCUUGGAAUUCGAGCUUCUGAGGUGCCCCAGUCACAUUUAUGGCAGAAAAAUCUUUUGGGGGUGGCUUAGCUAUUGCAGAAGAUGCUGCCAGAGUUAGGGAGCAAAAAUAUGGGAGGCCAUGUGGUAGACCCACUGCCAGUCUUGGCUACUCCACCCAUCUAACAAGACCAUCCUGAGGAAAGCUCAGAACUGUUGUCUCCAAACUCACAAAAGCCCCGAUUCCCAGAGUUGGGAGGAAGGGACUUCAGUAGCCAUUGGAUCCACCUGCCGCCCAACUGGAGUCUGAAAGGCUAUGGAGACCCAUGGAGUGUAGGGUUUCAUGGUAGUGAAUUGAUUGUCCAGGUUCACAGGCUAAGGGAACUCUUGCCCUCUGCCAAUACCAGUGAGCACAUUUGGAGUGACUUGUCCACUUCACAUGGGCCUGAGGAGGGACUUGGACUCCCAAGAUGUACUCUCUGGCCAGCCCCACCACAUGGCUUGCCACUUCUACACCACUACACAAUUCCCACUUCUACACCGAGGCAGGGUUUGCAGAGCUUCAUUUGGGAACCUGUAAGCUGUUAGGAUCACUCAAACGAAUUGUCCUGUACCACUCAUGUUUGUGUGCUUAGGUGAAUGGGACCUUCCCUCCAUUUAUAUAGCACAUCUUUUCCUAGUCCCUUAGCAUCUUGGACAAAAGAAUGUAGAAACAUGGGUCCCCCUUCUAUAACUGAAGAAACUGAGGUUCUAAGAGAUAGGAACUGGUCCAACUCCACACCUUCCUUCAGUCAAGUGUCUGGGCCAUAUCCCCACAGACCAAUCAGCCCCCCCAGUUUGUCCCAGAAACUGCUUCCAAGCCCUUUGACUGACUCUUUGUGACCUCAUUUGGGGGUUUCUUGGCAAUGGUUCUGAAAUGGUGUGCCAUUUCCUUCCCUGACUUAUUUUGACAGAUGAGGAAACUGAAGCAAACAGGACUGAGCGACUUGCCCAGGGUCACACAGCUAGGAAGAGUCUGAGGCCAGAUCUGAACAAGCCUGGCACUCUCCACUGUUCCACCUAGCUGCCUCCAAACCCUUAGGGCAGAGUUAACCAGCAGAGGUCAUAUACCAGCUGAAAUUGAUUACUUCUCAGUGCCCUGGCAAGGACUCCAAGGUCCCACAUUAGCUUUUCUUCCCCCAAAGUGGAGAACUUUGUACUCACCCCAAGUGGUCACUGCUUUUGGAAACCAGAAAUAGGGAAAAGCUAAAUUUGACUCACUCCACUUAUGAGUUGGUAGCCUCAGAAGUUCAUCAAAGGCAAAAUGACUCGAGAAAUCAGCUUUCUGUAAUAUGGGGGAAACACCUGGGACCUCUUUCCCUAACCCAGGGCUGAUGUCACUGCUUGUUUGGAAGCCUUCUUAGAUUUCAUUUGGCUGAUGAUCUCGGUAGGUUAAGAGGAAAUGCCAUAGAAACUUCAUCACUCCCUACCUGGUCUUUAGGUCCCGGUGGGGACCGUGGGUGCUGAGUACUGUUUUUAAAGGCCAAUUCCCUUAUCUGUUGAGAGAGAGAGGGAGAAUGAAUGAAUGAAUGUGUGUGUUAGAGUCUGGUCCAAAUAUUUGGGACAAACUUCUUCAGUGACUUGUGUGGCAAGCUUACUUGUGCCUCAUUGGCUAUAUAGCAUUUUGGUUUUGCAACAAUCGAAAUUUCACUUCUUCAGUUGCUUGGAAGAAAUGUCUUCUGUUAGACUUUUCAUUGAUGUCGGGAGCCUCUGUCAGGCUGCUAGGCAAAAUGCUUUCUGAGUUCAAAGGGCCCUUUAAGAAAACAUGUAAACCAAAGGCCUAUUUUUAUAGAGAAGGAAAUAGUAGCCCAGGGAGAUUGGAACUAGCCUGAGGUCUGGCUGAAGGGUGGUCCAAUGGACUGCUUUGCUUAUCUGGUGUUCUUUUCACUUUGGCCCCCCUAGGCAGGACUUGACUCUAUUUUAUCUUCUUAUCUGGAAUCUUCUCAGGUAGUAUUCUUAACAGUUUAGGCAGGAAAUAAUCCCCUUGACCUCAGCAGUUUCCAGGCCAGAGCCUCUACGAUGCUCUAGAUGCUACCAGGGCUUUCCCAAGAAGAGCCUGCACAGCCUCUAAGCCUCGAGAGCUGGGGUCCUCGCUACAUAGAUGUGAAUCGGUUGGUGAGCUUCUAGGGCCAACUCGAUGGCCUGCCAUACUGCAGACCUCACCAGAUCAUUGAAGAGUCUUUCCCCUGACCCUGCUUUCAGUGGUACUCGGGCUUCUGUGUUUGACAUCUUAGUAUUUGUUUUUCAGCAGUUUCAUUCAGUGAGUGUUUCUAAGGAAGCUUCUAUUUGGUGGGGUGAUCACGUGGUAGAUGCAUUCACAGAAAAGGAGGCCAAACGGCUUGGACUCAUCCCUCUCCCUCCCGUCUCAUUCAGUCAGUUCCCUGGAAUCUUAUAUUGAAUUUGCUUCAGCUAAGAUUCCUUCAGUAAGAGUUUCUGGUAUGGGUGGUGCUGGGGGUGAGCCCCAGUUGAUCUGAGACAUAGAUAGAGCCCUCAGUGGCCCUUGGAGGAAUCUUGAAAAGCAAGAGGUCAGUGACAGGCUGAGUCAGAUGUGGGUGUCCCUCCGGCUGUGAGUUUGCCCUCAGACUUGAAGAGGACUGUGUUGUGGACAGACUGUUGGGCCUUGGCUGAAGGGAGGAAGAGAGGGCCAGGAUCCUGUCCUCAUCUGUCCCUGGGUUCUCGAAAAAAAAUCUGUUUUGACCCAACCUACUCCUUCCUUGGCUGCCUUUUUUGAAAUUGGCUUACAGCUGCUUCUUAUGGCACAGUUUCUCCGCCCCACCACCCCAAUAGAAGAAAGGACAGCAGCUUCAGCUGAUAGUCUCUGACUUGGAGUUCAGAGGGGAGCCAAGAGUUGGCCUUGGGUGGAAUCUGCAUGGGAGCAUGCUUCCAGCACUUUGUUUGGCUUGGUUCUCCUUGUUCCACUCCACCUCCUUCACCCCAGUUGAUUGGGGCCUUCCUAUGUUUCUCAGAUUUUUUCAUAGGCCCUGCUUGUUCUAGGCCAAGAGUGAGUUUAUUCAGCCUGUCUUGUCUGCAAGUAUGGGGGGGGGGGUACCCACUUGGUUUCCAACUACUUAGCACUACUGAAGGAAUAUCUUGGGGGUAUCUUCCUGUCAUUGCCUUAGCUAGCUUCAAGAUCCCUGGGCCAAAUACUCGGAAUCUGAUCCUGCCUUUCUCUCUCUCCCUCCCCUCCUGUCCCUACAUUCUCCCUUCACUGACCAUUGUGGAAUUUGGGAGCAUUUUUGGCAUUUGGAAUAGCUGAACCAUGUGUUGUGGAAGUUCCUGGUUUUUGAUAAAAAGCCAGAGAACUGAAUGGGGGACCACUGGGUCUAUCAGACCUUAUUUGUGAUUUAGAACUGAAAGAGGCUUUGGAGAUCACUUAGUCUACCCCCUUCAUUUGACAGAAUGAAAAAAGAGGGCCAGAGGGGUGAUGAUCUGCCUAAUAAUAACCACCUCACAUUUAAAGGUUGUCAAGCACUUCACCCUCUGAGGCCUGUGUGUUAGCCCUGUUUUAGAGUCUCAGAGACAUUCAGCCACUUGCCCAGGAUCCCAGAGCUGGGAAGUCAGAGGGGUGAGAUGACUCAGACCAUGUUGUCUGCAGGCCCGGAGGAUCAUGACCCUCGGACCUCUCUCUCUGUGGUGCUGAAAAGUUCACCCCAGGGAGCUAGGGGUUUGGGGCAUGAUUGCUGCCUUCUAGUUACAUGAAGAAUGGUAAGGUGGUUGUUAGCCUUGGCCUGCUUGACUGCAGGGGACCAAAGAACUCUGGAGAAGUUGGAUGUGAAGAAAGACUUGUGGAGAAUCUGAGCUUUUCUCCCAAGAGGUGGGCUGCUUCCAGAGAGUUUCCAUAUACAGAGUUAGAAGAGAUCAUUGAGCCCCAAACUGGUUGGAGGGGGUUCCCCACGAGUCUGAUGGAAGCAGUUGGGCUAACUCCAUUCUGUCUGCUGUCUAGUGCUCAAGGGGGCUCCCUGUUGCAGGCUUGGAUUGAUGGCCUCAGAAGUACCUCCCCACCUUGAGAUUUGGGGCAUCUCCUUCAGGCCUCUCAGCAACAGAGAAACAAGUAUGUAGUCAUCAGAUGAUCAUGGUGAGCCAGGUGAAGGCCUUGGGGUCUAGAAACCUGCCUGGGUUCAAGGCCUGUCCCAGGGAACCAGUUAAGUAACAUGGGGUCAAAAGGAUUGGAGUAUUCAGAGCUUCUAUACCCUCAGCUGUGAAAUGGGAUGAUAGCAGCUCCCUAUCUCUGGAGCCUGUGGGAAGUGAGUGCUUUAGCUAGUGACCCCAGAACAAGAAGGAAUGGGAACACUUAUGUUACAAAUUUACUCUUCUUCGAUCUGUUUGUGGCCUGACCUGUUUUCUGGGUCACGGACACUCAUGGUUUCCCAGCCAAGUUUUAAAACAGUUUCUGUUCUUCGGUUAUAAAUCAAAACAACAACAAAACAAAAACAAAAACAACCCUGAGCCAUCCAUCACAGGAAAGGCCAGGCAAAGAGCUUGGUGGAGAUGAUUGGACCAAGCCCUUGAGAGCCUCUAGUUGGGCAGAUCGUUGUGAAAACUGGCCUGGCUGCCAUACUUUCUAGGGUAUAAGUGCAUUGCUUCUUUACAAAACUUCAUCUGCUUGAAAGACUGACUUCACCCAGUUUUCUACACUGUUACAACACUUAACCGGGCUGCACGAAAGGAAAGCCACGAGGCCAAAGACUGGGUAGCCCGGGCUGGCCGAGGGCUAAGGGAUUUGGGGCAAUGGGUUCUUGGCGUCACCCCACACGUUGGGGGUAGUGACUGCCAGGUAGAACCAGGUCCCUUUAGAAAAAAUUCAGUCUCAUUCUUCUGGGUUUGUAGAAGUCCUUGUUCUUAAGUGUGUCUAUGGCUUAAAGCUUCACUCCUGCAUUUAGAGGGAAGGCCUGGUUUGGCUUAGGGGAGUCUCUUGGAUUUUGUCAGAUCACUCUCUAGUAGAGAAGGUAUCUUUUAUGGGGCAAGCCUGUGCAUGCAUGUUGUAACCUCUUGCUUUCAUCAGUGAUGUCUUUUCGGUGUCUUCAAGAUGCCAUAACCUUCUAGUAUUUAGGAAGCACUAACACAGUCUGUCUGGGCCAAGCCUUCCGCCAGAGGUCGAAGGCAGCACUUGCCCUUAAAGAACCCACAGUCCAAUAGGAGAGCCUGCAGGGGUCCCAGGAGCCUGGGUUUCUGGACUCAGAAAGUUAGGGGCAUCAUUGUUUUAGGCCUUGGAAUCCACAAACUUGUGUUUUGUUUCUGGAAAAAAAAAAUUCUGGAUCCCUGUGUUCAAUAGAAUCGGUUUCCUCCGUAGUCACGUGUCAUUUAUUUUAUGCGCAGAAAAGCAUUCUCCUGGGAAGGGCUCCAGCCGGGCCAUAGACUUCUUCCCCAGACUGUUGUGCCAAGAGGUCUGGGACCCCCAGAAAGUGAAGCAUCCCUCCCCCAAAGCAUCAUGGUGACCAUGUUGGAGUCAUCCCAAACCCUCAGUGAGUGGGCUUGAAAGUUCAUGAAGCCCUGCUGGAUUGGAAUCAAGGUAGCAGGGCUUUGCAAUGAUUUCAUCUUGAUUUUAUCUUUGGACAUUUCUUGGCCCAUUUUCUUUUGACUCGAGAUGCUCCCUCUACCCCUAGGCCCCAAAUCCAAAUAACCCUCCAGAAAGGAUGUCCAGCAGUUGUAUUUGCCUCCUUUUAAGAGAGCUGAGGAGUUGCCCAACUGACACGGCCAUUUCCCUGGAAUUCCCAUUCAUACCCAUGCCAGGCUGCAAAGGUCCAGGGACAGCCAGCCAGCCAGACUUAAAUAAUAAUAAUCUUUAUCUUCUGCUUUAGUAUCAAUUCUAAGACAAAAGAGGGGCAAGGGAUGGACAAUUGGGGUUAAGUGACUUUCCCAGGGUCAUGAAGCUACGAAAUACCUGAGGCCAAAUAUGAAGCAGGUCCUCCUGACUGCAGACCUGGCACUCUGUCCACUGAGUCAACUAGCUGCCCCCAAGUUCUUUUGCCUGAGGACCAGCCUUAGCUAAGUUGCCAGAUCAGUGUGUAACUGGGAAAACCUGAGCUAAAUUAAAAUAGGGUAAAACCUAGAUAAUGUUAGUAUGUGGUUUUUUAAAUCAGCAUGCACCCAUAGAAUUCCUUCAGGUUUCAGUGGCCCUGUUUUUCUUUGACUUUGACUACCCUGACCUAAGGCAUAGAGUCCUUGUGAUCAAGUGCCUUGGUGGGGAGGAUCCCAGAUGAUGAAGUCAGCUUAGGAGGAAGGCGUUAGGCUGGCUGCUGGUGACUCACUUUUCUUUGACUUUCUUUGGAGUCAGAAGACCUGGCUUAAUUCCUGCUCUAAGACUUCCACUAGGAGUAAGUUGAGCAAGCCCCUCACUGGGCUUCCUCUGUUUCCUUCUUUGUAAAGUAAGGACAUUUGGGCUCUAGUCAGGAGAUUGUGCUGUCAUCAGUGGGAACUUCAGAAAUUUCUGACCCUUGUCUGGGAGUGGGGAGGUUGGAUUUCUUUUUUCCAGUUUGGUGAACGUCAAUGAGAGCUUGUCUCUGAGGAUGGUAUGAGAAUGCAGGACAAGCCUCCUGGGGCAGCAGCUGGGGUCAAUUCCAGGAGUGCCAAUGGGGGAAGAGCUGGCUGCAGGAAGCCAGGAAGGGGACGUUCAAGGGGAUGCUUAAAGCCGACUCAAGUCGACUUCAUUUAGGGGAGAGCCCUUUCUCCAGCAUUUUCAGCCCUGUUUCCCCCAAGCCUCCCCUCCAGAAAGGGCAGCCAGAUGUGGGUCCAGCACACCUAUUGUUACAUCAGACAAUGCACUGCCGAUGAUGAAGGUGAUGAUGCUGUGGGACAGGGCUCCUGCCUGAGGAGUGUCUGUGUUGUAUCCUGGGCCCUGGCACCAUUCCAAGGCUGGCCCUGAGGGCCUGUGCUGCCAGCCUGCUGCUGCUGCUGCUGUUCCAGGUUCCCUCAGCCUCAUUCCUAUGAUGAGCUUCUAGUCCAGGGUUGGCUUGGCCAUUCUCUGCCACUCUGCCACUCUGCCCGCCAGCACCAAGCCUGGUAUUUGGGUUGAAAGAGUCAAUGAUGAGGAACUGAGGGGGCACUACGGGCAGAAAAGUGCUUUGGAAAAUGUAUUUGAACUUCUCAGAGGUCUUCCUUGCUCCCAUGUGUAACUGUGAUCUCUUCUGCCCGUUGGGGGUCUCUGGAAGGCUGCCAUCAGGUUGCUAUGUGAAUUCCAUGUAACAGCUCUGAAGGACAGACAUUCCAGUGAUGUUGAUGCUUGAGCUUCGACUGGCCUGAGGAACAGAGUGUGAACAUCUGUGCCUGACUGGUGACAGUGGCGGCGGCGGCGGCGGCGGCGGCGGCGGCAUUGGCAUUGUCUCACUACCAUGGCUACGGAUUCAGGGGAGCCAGCUAGCACUGAAGAGUCAGAGAAACCUGAUGGAGUUUCUUUGGGAAAUAGAGUUCUUCCAGCGGAUGCUGCUUUGAUGAUGGAGAUUAAACUGAAGAAGAAUGCCAGGACCUCUGCUUCUGGGGAAACCACUGAGAGGACAAGAGUCUUCAGGAAGAGCAAGGAGAUGAUGGAAGAUGACCUCUCUCCUAAAGAGGAGAGUGGGCAGCGUGCCCAAAGAACAACUCCACUUUCAACAAAUGGACUGGGAGGAGGUGGACAAGAGGGGAAGCAUGAACCUGAACAAGGGUCAAAGCCCAAUUGUGAAGCCUCUAAAGAUUGUCUCAAGGAAAAAAGCGAAAAGGAGAUGGAAGAAGAGGCAGAAAUGAAGGCAGUAGCUACUUCCCCAAGUGGCCGCUUCCUGAAAUUUGACAUUGAACUGGGCAGAGGAGCCUUCAAAACAGUGUUUAAAGGGUUAGACACAGAGACGUGGGUGGAGGUCGCCUGGUGUGAGCUGCAGGACCGGAAGCUGAGCAAAGCUGAGCAGCAGAGGUUCAAAGAAGAAGCUGAGAUGCUGAAGGGUCUUCAACACCCCAACAUCGUCCGCUUCUAUGAUUCUUGGGAAUCCACCGUGAAAGGGAAAAAGUGCAUUGUUUUAGUGACUGAGCUCAUGACAUCAGGCACUUUGAAGACGUACUUGAAACGAUUUAAAGUCAUGAAGCCAAAGGUGUUAAGGAGCUGGUGCAGGCAGAUUUUGAAGGGUCUCCAGUUCUUGCAUACGAGGACACCCCCCAUCAUCCAUCGGGACUUGAAGUGUGACAACAUUUUCAUCACUGGUCCAACUGGUUCAGUGAAGAUUGGAGACUUGGGCCUAGCUACCUUAAUGCGCACAUCAUUUGCCAAGAGUGUCAUUGGAACCCCGGAGUUUAUGGCUCCCGAAAUGUAUGAAGAACACUACGAUGAGUGUGUUGAUGUCUAUGCCUUUGGCAUGUGUAUGCUGGAGAUGGCUACUUCCGAAUAUCCGUACUCUGAGUGCCAGAAUGCUGCUCAGAUCUACCGUAAAGUGACCAGUGGGAUCAAACCAGCUAGUUUCAACAAGGUGACUGAUCCAGAAGUGAAGGAGAUCAUUGAAGGGUGUAUCCGCCAGAACAAGCGGGAAAGGCUAUCCAUCAAGGACCUCUUAAACCAUGCAUUUUUUGCUGAAGAUACGGGGCUGAGGGUGGAGUCAGCGGAGGAAGAUGAUGGUUUCAAUUCUUCGUUGGCGUUAAGACUCUGGGUUGAAGACCCUAAGAAACUGAAGGGCAAACACAAGGACAAUGAAGCUCUGGAAUUCAGUUUCAAUUUAGAAACGGAUAUCCCUGAAGAAGUGGCCUAUGAGAUGGUAAAGUCUGGCUUCUUCCAUGAGAGCGAUUCGAAGGCAGUUGCUAAGUCCAUUCGAGACCGGGUAGCACUAAUCAAGAAGACCAGGGAGAGGAAGCAGGCCAGCUUCUUGGGGGCUGAACGCCGCCAAGACUCUCAGGGCAGAUCUCUGCAGCAGACUGCUCCUCAGCUGCCUGGGACCGAGUGCGAAGAGACAGAGGCUGAUCAGCACGCUCGCCAGCAGCUCUUCCAAAAACAACACUGUCCCACCUCGCUUCUCGUUGAUGGUUUGCCUGAGGCAGGAGUUGGGAUAGUCAAGUGUUCCGAUCCUUCGAGUCGACGCACGGUGGCCUACCGCCCAGAUCCAAUGGUGGUUCCUGCCAAGGUUCCUCACGUCCCUCAGGCCAAAGCCCGACUUCCAGGGCACCUAUACCCUCCCCAGCAGCUGGUGGGACAUUACCAGCAAAUGCCAGGGGUCCAACAACAAGCAAGCCUCGCUCAGCCCCCGAUGUUGACGUGUCAAGCCACUCUUACACCAGUAGUUGCUGUCCAGCAGUUCUCCCAGAGAAUGGAGCCCCAGCAGACCUUUGGAGCAGAUGGACAGCCCUCAAAUCCACCGACCUUACCCUCUGCCCAGCACCCCACAGGCAUUAUGCUCGAUCCCAGCCCCCGGAAUGGGAGUCAGAUGGCAGGCCCGAUACUGGAUGCUGAGCAGCCCUCAGGCUUCUUGCCAAAUCCACUCACUGCUCAGUUUGUGACUGGCACUCAGGGUACUCUCGGGGCCACCCAUCAGCUUCCCGCCUCUCUGGCUGGCCAUCAAGGAGCCCAGCUCACUGCCCCACAGAUGCCUUUAGUGUCCCAAGCAUAUGCCGUGGUCCAGCAGGAUUCGGGCCCUCUUUGUGCAGGGCCACAGCCUAGCUACUAUCCAGUGCCUCGCCUGCCUCCAGCAGCGGCUUUGCUGAUGAAGGCUGUGGAGGCAACCCAUGAUUCUGGGCUCCAGGAGGCUGAGGCUCAGGUUGUCCUGCAGCCACCAGAGAGUGACGGGAGAGGAGGCUUGAUUUCCCUCGGUGAACAGCAGCCUGUCUUUGCAGUGAAGCCGUCUGAGCUGCUGCCUUACCCCACAUAUCCCGUGCAGGUUCCUGCUCCUGAGCAAUCCUCUUACCCUGUGCCACCCCAACCACAGUAUGGCACACCACCUGCUUACACCGCCCCAACUCCUACAGUGCGGUCUCUUUAUCCAGCCCCGCUCCCUGGACAGCCUGCAGCCUGUUGUGCCCAGCCUCCUUACCUGGAGAAGCCAGCAUAUGUCAUGCAAGGGACUUACACUGGGCAGCCUAGGGAUCAGCCUCCUUACCCUGUCCUCCCUCCUGAGCAUUUUCCAUAUGCAGGGCAAGCAGCUCACUCCCUCCAGGCCACAGACCAGGCAAAGCUCUUGGGCCACCAUGCACACUCAGAUCGGCCACAGUACGUGGCUACACCACCACCGCCGCCACCAUCAUACAUCGUCCCAGCCUCAGAGCCCCAGGCGCAUCUAGGCCAGCCACCAGACAUCCCUUUGGCAGGUGUGGAGCAGAAGGCCCAGCCGUACUCGGCAGAGGUGAUGGUGGCUGUUCCAAAUGUGAAAGUCAGCAGGGGGAAUGAGCAGCUCAAAGGCUCAGCUUCUUCACUAGCCAUUGGUGCUCCGAGGGCUGGGGAAUGCCAGCCAUGUCCCUUCCCACAGCAGCCUUGUCCCCAGGCCCUACCACAGUCCUCAGGCUUUCAAGCUCAGCAUCCCCAGCAGCAGUGUGUCCAGAGUCUUUUCUUGAAGUUCACGUUCCCUCCACAUCAGCAGGCAGUUCACUCUUUUCAUCUACCGGCACCACCGCCCCAUGAGCUGCCAACUCCAGAAGUUUCUCAGAGUCAGCAGCAACUUCCAUAUGGCCAGCCUGGUGCCUUCCAGCAGACCCCCAGCCAGACCCCCAGCCAGGCCCAGCAAGCACCAGCUCUAGUCCCCAGCUUGGCCCAGCAUUCUCAGCAGUCCCCUGUGCUGCAGACCACUGAAUGCAGCCAGACUCUGCCUUGCCAGCAGCACCAGCCUACAUACAGCCAGCCACAGUGGCAGCCACCGUUAAGCCAAGCAGCCAUCUCUGGGCCUUCAGAAUUGCUGUUGCUGCAGCAACAGCAGCAGCAGGCCCUUUAUCAGACUUCAGGGGCAACCCUUCUUCCCAAGCAGCCCUCUGGGGCUUGUGUGCCUCAGCCAUCCCUGAAUAGUCCAGCACAGGCCUCAUUUCCUGCCCAGGGCAUUCCUUGCCUGCAGACCCAGGCCCAGCAGCAGGCUUUAAAAGGCCAAAACGUUCUCAAGAGCUCCCAGCCUGGAUCCCAGCCACCCCUGCGAGACCUCCAGUCAGCUCUGCCUAAAGCCGAUUUAGGCCGAGGCCUUGGUGCUGAUGUAGUAGCAUCGAAGGAUGGUACCAGUGGGUUUGAGAACCUUGUUGGGAAUGGGAAACAGGACCGGAUGAAACAGAGGAGAGCUUCGUGUCCUCGACCAGAGAAGGGACCCAGAUUCCAGCUGACUGUCCUCCAGGUUUCGAUGUUUGGCGAUAACAUGGUGGAGUGUCAGCUGGAGACUCACAAUAACAAGAUGGUCACGUUCAAGUUCGAUGUAGACGGAGAUGCUCCUGAGGAUAUCGCCAACUACAUGGUCGAAGAUAACUUUGUGCUAGAGGGUGAGAAGGCAAAGUUUGUGGAAGAAUUGCAGGGGGUUGUACGUCAGGCCCAGGAGAUCCUUCGCACCCUCCCUGGUGGGGAGUCAGCUCCAUCAGAAUCUAGCAGCUAUCAAACAGGAUCAGCUGAACAAACACAGACGAAUGCCACCUCAGCUCAAGGCUGCACGGACUCUGCUCCUCAGUCCUCCCCAGUGGGUCGCUGGAGGUUCUGUAUCAAUCAGACCACCCGCAAUCGUGAGCCCCAGUCUCCUCCUGCUCUCCAGCAGCCCCUGAGUCUUCCUGAGUCACAGCUCCUUGCUGGUUUGGGGAACACUAGCAAUGGAGAACCCUUCUCACAGGAUACACUUCUCAUUGUGUCAGCCAGCUCACCGCAGGGUGAGCUCUCAGCUUGCAAACCAGAGCCCAAGGAUUUGGCAGAUGGUAAGACUUCUGAAUGUGCUGGUCCUGAAACUGAACAGCUAGCCCCUCUUCAUCAGGUGGAGGAGACCAAAAUGCCAGUGGUCCAUUUUACCUCAGUGCAUCUUGCUCCCAUCGAGUUCGAGGAGUCCAUCCACCAAGUCCCCAGCACACACCUACCUGCAUAUCCAGGGCACCAAGCUGAGGGUCACCUGGAUGUAGGUGUUGCCCACCCUGGAGAGUCACCUGCAUUCACAGAGAGCCCAGUUCCACUGCAGAUGGGUGUGUCUGAGCCAAGCCCUCCAUCCUCCUCAGUGCAGUGGCCUCCUGGGUGUGACAUCGUGACCUCUCGAGAGGAUGCAGCUGUCGUGGGCAUUGAAGCUGGUUCUGCCCCUCAGUUGGUCAUGCUCGCUCAGAGCCCAGGCCUUGAUCCAGCCCCUCUUCAUUCUUCCUCGGCACCUGAGGGAGAUGGCGAAAGACCUCCAAAAUUAGAAUUUGUAGACAACCGAAUUAAAACUUUGGAUGAAAAAUUAAGAAACCUGCUGUAUCAGGAGCACAGCACAGCUGGUCUCUACCCCGAGAGUCAGAAGGAUGGCCCGAACCUCGAGUCUCCUUUUUCUUCUUCCUCUUCAGCAGAGGAGACUCUUUGUGGCCCUGGGCCUGAAGUUCUGGGUGCAGGGUACUGCAGAAGCUGGGGCAGCCCCACUCAGCAGGCUGGUACCCAGCAGGCCCACUCUGAGCUUCUGGUCCUCUCUGCCAUGGAUCAGCCUGCUAAUGUUGCCGUGCUCAAAAGGGAGCCACCACCCAGUGUGACCACGUCUGCACCCCAUGAGUUGGGUUUGCGUGAGAUGCCCCUUGAUGCUUCCCUUCCAGGGGAUCCUGAAGCCUACUCUGCUACUGUGCUGAGUGGCAGUGGCGGCAGCGGUGGCAAUGGUGGCAAUGGUGGCAGUGGCAGCAGCAGCAGCAGCACCUUCCAUCUGCACACAGGAGUGGAGCCAGAGAUGAGAGCAGAAGUUACUUCAGCCUCACUGCCUCAGGCAGGAGAAUCUGCAUUCCUCAAUAAGUGCGUGGUGACUGGUUCAUUUCAGCGAGGCCGGUUCCAGGUUGUCACCGUACCUCAUCAGCAGGUGAAUAAAGUUGCUUUUGGUGACAAAGACUGUGUACCCACAGCCAUUCAAGUCCUCACUGAUCCCAGCACAGAUGAUGGAAAAGAGACUACUUGGCUUUCUUCGGAGACUCUUGGCUCUCUCCAAGAACCUCCCAAAGAUGAUGACCGAGAUGGGGAGAACCUUUUAUCUCUCAGCACAACAUGUCAGACCGAUCCAGCCUCUGUGACUCCAGAGAAAGAUACCUCUGCUACAGAAAGCAGUGCGCAAUCCAGGCCUGAGCUGUGGCUUAAAGCGGACAGGCCUGGCGAGGCUGUUUGGACACAGUUGAGCUCAGAGAGUGAAUCUUCAGCUCCUCUUGGCCUCUCAGAAGAAUUAGGGGGAAGCCCUGGGCCAGGCCAAGAAGGAUGCCCCUAUGUGCAGACCCAGAGCACACUCUUCUAUUCUCCAUCCUCCCCAAUGAGCAGUGACAAUGAAUCCGAAAUUGAAGACGAGGAUUUGAAAGUUGAGCUUCAGAAACUGCGGGAAAAACACAUUCAGGAAGUUGUGAGCCUUCAAGCCCAGCAAAACCAGGAACUACAGGAGCUCUACAGUCGCCUCCGUUCCCUUAAAGAUAGCAAAUCCGAAUCCUCUGAGCUGCCUCUGCAACCUGCGUCCCCUCGCCGCCCAAGGUCCUUCAAAAGUAAACUCCGAAGCCGUCCCCAGUCCUUGACACACAUGGAUAAUGGCAUCGUUGUCACCACAGACCCACUGUGCAUGGGGAACAGCCCAGGGGCGGUGAUGGCGGCUUGUCAGCAGUCUCCGGCCAGCAAGAAAGGCAUGUUCACCGAUGACUUGCACAAGCUGGUGGAUGAUUGGACAAAGGAAACUGUGGGAAAUGCUCUCAUUAAGCCAAGCCUGAACCAGCUCAAACAGAAUCAGCACAGAUUAGAGACUGACAACUGGAACAAAGGCUAUGAGAAUGCUUCAUCUGCAGUGGGUUACACGUCAGCCUGGAUCUCAUCUCUGUCCCAAAUCCGGGGCCCUGUCCCAGCAGCCUUGCCACAAGGAAUCUCCCUUCCUUCCUUCCCUGGAGCCUUGUCUUCUUAUGGAGUGCCACAUGCCUGCCAAUACAACAGCAUGGGGGCCGCCGGGUAUCCAGUGCAGUGGGUGGGGAUUUCAGGAACAACCCCACAGUCUGUAGUGAUCGCCAGCCAAGCAGUGGGGCCUUUCCAGCCUGGGAUGAAUUUAUCAGCCUUUCCAGCAGCGCCACUGCAGAACUCGGCCCCAGGGCCCCCCGGCCCCAAGUGAGGCCUCUGGUCAGGAAGGCCCCACCCCCUACCCCUACCCCUACCCCCACCUCAUCCCCGGGCGACGGUGUGCUUGUCAUUCUGUAGAGAUGUGCACUUUGUACAGUGGGUGCUGCGCACAGGAAUCAUUUUUCACUCCAGACCCUAAUUCCUCUUUGAUACUUGAUGAUUUUUUUUUUAAAAAUGCUGGUCCAAAUGCUUCAGUAAGCUUGCCUUUUGCAUCCCCAUCCCUAGGAAAGUCUCUUGCAGUUGUUGAGAGCUCUUCUCCCCAAUACCCACCAGCCUCUUGGCACAACCCUCCCCCCCCUCAUCUUUUAGUGCUACCGUUCAGCGUGGUAAGCCUUGGCCCUAAAUUUCACAGGGGCCUCUUCAGAUAAUUCUCACAAAACAGGAGCCACACUCUGACUUCCCAAAGCUCCAGUCCUGAUGGACUUUUUCACGUGCUGCUAUGCGGAGUUUUGGCCAAGGCUCAUCACCCUGGGCCGCUGGGGAUGGCUUACUGUGAUCGCCUUUGGGGGCAUGGACGGAGGGAGUCAUCUUGCUGGUGAAUCCUUGGCAUGCUCCCUUCAGAAUGGGCUUCUAUUUCCAUUGUCUUGGGCAGAGGAAUUGAGUGUCAUUCUACAUUGGGGUUGGGAUUGGGGUCCAAGGGGUAGGGGCAGGGAAUAGCCACAAAUUGGAUCAGUUCCCUGAUUCUUUUCAAGGGGUUUGGUUUGACGAGCUCCUUUUUUCCUAUAUGCCACACACACACUACAUGGUUUUUUUGGGUUAGGGUUAGCCAAGAGAGGCGCUUGGCUGUAGAUCCUGGAUCUUCAUGAGGUUCUUUGGGAUGGGGGAUUCGGUUCUUCCUCCUUUUGUGCAUUUACUUGGCAGGAAAUGUACUUCACCCAGAUUUGGAGGGGAGGAGCCUUCCAGGUGAAACCCUCAAAUUCCCUGGUCUCUGGCCUCCAGUGAUACAAGGAGACCCUUUCAGGAGCCAGCCGAAGUCUAAAGUGUGGGAGAAGGGAGGGGAAUGGUUCACUUGGUAACAAUGUCUCUAAAAUAACUCCCCAGAAGAAAGGGCAGCUCAAGCAGUUUUUUGAGGAGGGUGGACAUGGUUUGUUUUCCUUUCCCAAAGCUACCCUGGGCUCAGCCUUUUGAGCUGAAAGAGCCGGCCUUCCAGGCACCUAGGAAGACAUGGACUCUUUCCCUCCAACUUGAAACGGUUUAGGCCCUUUCCCCUUCUCUUCAGGCCCUUCUGGGUCCUUUUUCCCCAUUUCCAUUAAGGAAUCCUUCAAAUAAAUAUUUCCCAAGUCAACUUUUUUUUUUUUUACCCAUCACAAAUAGGAUUUAAAGAACACAUGCGCCUAAGAAUUGUGUCCUGGGGCUUAUUGGUCUAUCUGUUAGCACAGACCAGUGGGAUGGCUUUCACUUGGUCUCUGCUCUAAAGAGAACCUGCCAGGGCCACCCCUGCACUUGUCACAAUUCUGCCUGGGGUCAGGUGGGGAUGGCGUGGUGGGUUAGCAUACUACCUGUCAGCCUCCACUGCAGUCAUAAAGUGUACUCUUUUGCAGCAGCUUUUCCAACAUCCAUGACGUACGCUUUCAGAUAGCUGAAAAUUUCUUCUCUGCUUGCUCAAAGGCGCAGCCUGCCUUGGCAAGCUUUCAUACUCUAAUGCAGUCAGGACAUAGCAUUCAGUGCCCUCUUGAUCAGGAACCGUCCCUCCAAACCAUGACCCUACAUUUUCUUUUGUGAAUCAACUCAAAACUGGGCUACAGCUUGAAGCCUCUGAAGGCGGCCCAGUUGAUGCUCUCAAACUGGAUGGACCCUCAAGGAGGGAUGCACCACUAAGCAAGGGUUUUGUUUAGGAGGCGUCCCCUCUGGUUCCCAUCUCUUUUUCAUCAUUCUUGUUAGCCUGCAGACUUUUUGCAGUGCCUUGUGAUAUUUCGAAUCUUUUCAGGUUUUUACUGGGAAGAAGAUUUGUUUGAAGAUGUUGGAUAAUGGCCUGCUGUCUCCAUGGUGAACACAGCAGUUAGGGCUAACUUGAGAGAGAGCUGUAUGGGUGUAUCUGUCUAAUCUCUCUCUCUCUGUCUCUCUCUCUGUCUCUCUCUCUCUCUCUGUCUCUCUCUCUCUCUCUCUCUCUCUCUCUCUCUCUCUCUCUCUCUCUCUCUCUCUCUCUUUCUCUCUCUCUCUCUCUCUCUCUCUCUCUCUCUCAUACAUAAAUACCUAAAACUGAGUUUGGGUCAAGCUGAGAAAAACUUACAUCACUGUCUUCAAUUUCCUUUUUUUUCCAUUAUUCAAAAAGAUUGCCUUCAGAUUCUAGGCACUUUGUAAAUACUGGCUAGUUUUCUACUUAGGAAUUUUGCAUUUCGUAAUUUUGCUAAAUCAGAUAACUGUGCCAUCCCCUUCUCCCCCCCUACCCCCAAAUGUGAAGUCAAGAUGAUAAAGACAUCUCAGUGUUCCCAAGAGUCUGUUCUGGCAGCUGGGAGACUGUUUCCAAACUUGGUGCCACCUCCACCACCACACCUGAUGGUCUCCAUUGGGCACUAGAUGCCACAAGGGAAGGCCACACUGAGAAUGCCAUUGGGAGGAAAGUGAAUUUGGGGGCCAGUAUGUUCUAUGUCCAAUCACCAUGUGUGUCCCUAAAAGUGCAAGUCUGAUGCAUAGUACUGUAUCUUCAUCCCUAAAUGUGUAAGUAUCCACUACUGUGUCUGUCAAGUUGGGUGACAUGCUGUGAGAGUAGGAAACCAGCCAUUAGUGUAAAUCUGAGGAAAAGAUCCCUUGGUAUUUCUAAGAAUUUGCUGUUCCGUGACAAAUACCUGUUCUGUUUUUCACCCCUUUGCCAAUUUUCUAUUAAGCAUGACUUCUCAUGAUUUGACAGCAAAGCUGGAUGGGCACUUUUGUGCUAUGAUUUUUAGGUUGUGUGUGGAUGGAGAUGUACAGUCUGAUGGAAUGGAUCAUUUUGGUAACUCCAGGUUCGGUUCUAGUCCAGUUACUUUUCUUUAUCUACCUCGUUUUCAGUGCUGUUGGAGGUGCACAAGUUGACGCUGUUGCCUGUGAAUUUUUAUUUGGGGGGGGUGGUGAAGGGGGAGAUGAUUGAUUUUCAGUAUUUCUUUAAGCCUGGUGGAUCCCCUCAUUCCAAAGCUGACUGUGAGUUUGGGGUGGGGGGGGCAGUCCGCCCUCCUCAUCACCAGCCUCUUGCAAGUUAAGUGGCAUGAACUGUACAUCUCGGUUGAAAUAAGCUUUGGGAGUUUGGGGAGAUGGAUUAUGGAGGGAGGGAAUGUUGCAACUUGAUUUGUGGUGAUUAAUCCCGUGGAAAUGAGUUUAAAAAGCAGUACUCGGGAGAAUGUUGCGAAUCAGACAAUCCCAUGCCUCCCCUUUUCCAGAUGCCUAGCUAGCUUUUCAUACAACAGGAGAUCAUUGGAAAAGCAAAGCCAUGCUGACCUGAUGUUCACCAUGUUACUAAACACCAAAGCUUGGAGGGCCAUUGGAUUUGCUCUUUACUGUCUCUGGGUGCUUCAAAAUGAUUCCAUUCCAUUCCAUUCCAUUUGAUUUCUGGUUGGAUUUGGGAAGGAAGACCUAGUAAGCGAUGGGCAGCCACAUGGCCCUGCUUGCAGUGUUUCCUCUGCUAAGUCGAUGGGCCUUGCCACUGGAUGGACAUUCCAGAAAUACAUUGACCAAUCGUUUUCUAUUUGCUUGCUCAAUCUUCCCUUUUGUUCAGAGGAUGUGGGGUGGGGGUAGGGGGGGUAUUUUUCUACAAGGGCCUAAAGCAUUUUGAAUGCUUUGGUCUUGCGCCAGCCUCCCCCAAUUCAGCAUGGAGGGAAUGGAGCCAACCACCAUUGGCAUGCACACAGCCCUACUUUGGCCUUGUAAGAGGGGCAAGCAGGUAGACAAAGCAGAAUGUGAAGCUAAGAAUAUGAAAGAGAUAGCCUUGAACCCCAGUCUAGGUAGGCCCUAUAGAGAGAAAGGGACAGUAGUGUUUAGGGCUUGGGUUGGGGCGGUGCUCUUGGUGGUCUUUCUGACGAGUCAGAGCCAUUGGGCAGGGUUUUCAAGGAACUUUGGAGUGGUUCAGAAUAGGCAGUAAUACUUGCACCCUGUCCCCCUGAGGGCCAACAAGCUAUAGUGGCUCUCUUGGGGGCAAGCCAAAGGAAAAAAGAGUGGAGGGGAGGGGGGACAUGGAGCUUGGCGCCAGUGGUGGGAUGCCACUUUGGCACAACCUUUUCCAGCCGAAGCCAUGGGCCCUACUGAAUGAAGGUGCCUUUUUCUUUUUAGGGACUCCUUAGGCAGCGUCUGUGCGUGCGGGGACCUCACUCGGAUCAGGUUGGGGGGGAGCUUCUGUUCUGCUCCCUCCACUUAAAACGAAGAAGCAGGCCGGCUGCCAGGAGAGGGGUGGCCAGUGAACUGGGGAGGCCACCCUUUUCUAAUCCCCUCCCCAAUCUGUCCGAGGGGAGGGGGGCUGAGUCUUGCUUCUGGAAAACUGUGACUUUUGUUUCAUUUGUAUUCAACCAUGACAAAUGUUUUCUUUGGGGGGAAUUUUUAUUUCGAAAAGGAAAAUAAAGGCUGUGUUCAUGGA